AUGGAUUCUCUCGACUCCCUCCAUCAUCUCAUACAAAAUCACCCGCUGAUCGACAACCAUGCCCACAAUCUGUUGAGCUGUGAUGUGGCUGCCGACUAUGAUAGCUACCCGCUCGAGUCAAUCACCUCCGAGGCCCACGGUCGCGCCUUGGAAAAUGCCCGUACCACCCUGCCACUGCUGCGCGCCGUGAACCAGCUGGGUGAGCUUUAUGGCACCCCAUGUGCAAACUGGGACGACGUGCUGGCUGCGCAUACGCGCUGGGUGCAGGAGGACUAUGACGGGCUGGUCCGUCGCAGUCUUGAAGGCACGCACAUGCUUCUACUCGAUGACCUACUAUCGGACGAGGAUGUCGAGUCAUACGAAUGGCACGACCAGUUCACAUCCUCGCCGACAAAGCGCAUCGUUCGCAUCGAGGCUGUCGCCGCAUCUCUAUUGCGCGACAUCAUGAGCGUGGAGCGCAAACCUGACGAGAGCGUGUGGAGCAUAUUCCGCGCCAAGUUCCUCGACGCGCUUGACCACGCCAUGGCCGACCCAGCAGUCGUCGGAUUCAAGUCCGUGAUCUGCUACCGCACCGGGUUAGACGUUAAUCCGUAUUCCCCGGACGAAGAUCUGCUGACAGCCUCACUCCACCGUACCCUUGAUUCGGGGACAAGGAAAUCCGGAUACCGGGUCGAGGAGAAGCCACUAAAUGACUGGCUUGUUCAGCAAACUCUCAAGCUCAUCACGUUCCGGAAGAGAGCUGGUGUGGUCAAGCCGCUCCAGUUUCAUACUGGGCUGGGCGAUAAUGACAUCAAUCUUGUCAAAGCUAACCCUGCGUACCUGCAGCCUCUCAUCGCUCAAUACCCUGAUGCGCCGAUCGUGCUAUUGCACUCGGCUUAUCCCUAUACAAGAGAUGCGGGAUAUCUUGCCUGUGUGUAUCCAAACGUCUAUCUUGAUCUUGGUGAAGUGUUUCCGAUGGUGAGCCGCGAGGCCGAGGAGAAGAUUUUGCGCGAGAGCUUGGAGAUCACCCCAAUCAACCGUUUACUUUGGAGUACGGAUGGUCAUUUCUUCCCGGAGACAUAUUGGCUGGCCAAUAAGCAGUUCCGGCAGGCUCUGGAAACUGUUCUCGUUGACUACGUUGAGAAAGGUGACUAUAACAUCACUCAGGCCAAGGCAGCCGCCGCCGAUAUUCUGUUUCACAAUUCGAAUAAGCUGUACAGUUUAAACCAAACAGCACAGUAUACACCUGAGAUUAUUCAGGGGGCACCUUUACUCAGUGAUGCCAGAGUUUCACAGACGUCUGACUUACUAGGCGCUUUUCUGCAAAAGAAUCCAGACAUCGAGUACAUAUGGAUGCAAUGGAUAGACUUUACAGCGACAACACGGGUUCGCAUAUUCCCACUUCAGGAGUUCAUUCGCAUCGCUAGAAAAGAGCGGCGGAUUGGCAUCUCGCUAGCAGUCCAGUGCAUGCUGCAAGAUGAUACAGUUACUCCCGGAGGGUCUACCACUGGGCAAUUCUACAUGGAGCCAGAUCUUUCCAGUCUCUACCGCAAUGAAAGUAUGGCUGCGCCAGCAGCUGCCAGUGCGACUGUCAUGAGCUUCUGGCGAUCAGAAGAGGGCGUGCCUCUCAACGGCUGUCCUCGCACGACCCUUGGAAACAUCGUUACAAAGCUGCACACCACUCACAACAUCGACGUCCUCUGCGGCUUCGAAAUCGAGGUUGUAUUCCUUAAACCACUCACGAGCCAUCAAACUGGCGAAGUGACAGGUUACGCGUCCGCAACAAAAAACCAUUCUUGGUCACAAAUGACAGCCGACACACGGAAAAUGAUCCCAAUUCUGGAAGAGAUCAAUCAGACGCUGGAGACCAUGGGCAUUCAUCUCCAGCAAUUCCACGCCGAGUCUGCGCCCGGACAAUUUGAAUUUAUCCUCCCGCCCGCCACACCCCUGGCCGCUAUUGAUGCCCUUGUCGCCGCCCGGCAAGUUGUCACAGCCGUGGCUGAGCGACAUGGCCUGCGCGCAACUUUGCACCCACGACCCUUCCCGAACGGAGCUGGGAGUGCUGCCCACACUCAUAUAUCUAUUACUCCACCCGCGCGCGAGGAUGUUUUCCUUGCCGGUAUCCUGAAUCACUAUUCUUCUAUCGUUGCCUUUACCAUGUCCCAGGACGCGAGUUACGAGCGCGUGCGCUCAGGUAUCUGGUCUGGAUCUGAAUGGGUUGCAUGGGGAUUCCAGAAUCGCGAGGCGCCUGUGCGCAAGAUUGAGCCCGGUCACUGGGAAUUCAAGUCUGUCGAUGGCGUUGCUAAUCCGUACCUGGCUGUGGCUGCCCUGCUAGCGGGUGGCUUGAUUGGCCUGGGGGAGAAUUUGUCCCUGGCCGUGAAGGAAUGUACCGUGGAUGCUUCGCACCUGACCUCUGCUGAACGAGCUGCGCUCGGUAUUACGACCCCGCUUCCCAAGUCUCUAGCCGAGAGUCUGGCUGCUCUUUCUGAAGAUGAGGCGCUGCAGGGCAUUUUGGGCGGGGGGCUUGUCAAGAAUUACCUUAGUGUCAAGCGUGCGGAGUCAGAACGCUUGCAAAGCAUGGCUGACGACAAACGUCAGUUAUGGCUGUUGGAGCGCUAUUAG